AAGCAGAAAUGGAGUAUAUAUCAACACACUGCGCAACCCUCGGUGGAGAUCGGAGAGAAUUUCGUCGUUGAUUGAAAUUAGAGCGAGAUUCCAGAGUCAAAAUUCGGUAGCAAUUUUGUUGAAAACAAUUCAAAAUGGUUGAAAACAAAGCUGAGAUUCCAGAGAAAUACGAUUUGAAUGCGAAAUGGGAUGCUUGUCUCGAUUUAAGCCUGCGCCGCUUCGUCUACUCGUCAUUCGGCGGUGGUUUCGCCGGACUUCUUCUCUUCCGAAGUCCUGUAACACGCUGGGCUUCGGUAGCAUUUGGUGCCGGGCUGGGGAUCGGCUCUGCAUACUCUGAGUGUGCUCAUAAGUUUAAUACUUCUUCACCAAAAUUAACUUCUUACGUUUCUGAGACUCCUAUGCCCGAGGCUGGAGAUGAAUAAAGCAACUGCAAUUUCAGAGUGAGCAUGUUUUCUUAGGCGUUCGACUUCCAUUUCCAUACAUUUGCUUUUUUCUACUCAGAGAAUGCAUUGCCAGAAUUCUGCUUGGCUUUACUCAAUAACACAACAAUAUGUAGCAUUGUUAUCACGAAUGCUUCUAUCUCUUAGUGUAUUUGAAUCUCCUUUUCAGAGGAAACCAAACACUUCCUAGUAAUUGAAGAGAACAUGUCUCCUGUCUAUCAAUACUCUUAUUUCCCCAUUGGGUACCAAAAGAGAAUUAUGGUUCCAAUGUUGGUUCGAUUGGUUUUGAUUGAACGGAUCAAAUGCACUAGUUGUGGCGGAUUGCCUUGCUGCCUAUUCAUGUA